GUCAUCAAAAACAGAGGUACCGUGCAAAAUUGCUAUUCGGCCGAAAGGUACAGACAUUACCCGGUGAGAUCGGUGACAUACAAUGCUGAACAAAGAGGCUGAGGAAGAUGACUUUAUAAAUCUCUUCGGGAAACAGUAUGGAUAUGGAAAUAAAAUUGAUCAAAUAAGAAAACAAGAAUUUAAACGACUGGAAGGUAGGGAUACUUUAUUAUAAUUAUGUGACUGUUUGCGGGCCAUCAAAUUAUGGAGUUAAUUCAUAGGAAUGCAAUUGCUGUUUAAUACCCUGUAAUAUAAGUUUUACGGUUAUUUCAUGUUCAUUACUUCACCAAAUUCAACUGAACGCACAUCGUGGUAUCCAGUUAUCAGGGACGAACGAAACUGAACAUUAUCAAAGAAGGCUUUCGUGGAAUCAUGGUGUUGCGUAACAUAGAGCGCCCAUUGACCCCUUGCACAAUUUAUGACAAUCAAUGUGGCGCAGCGCCCUAUAAAUAUUUACCUUACAAUAUGUGUAAUAUGGUGAUUUCUAUGUAGGAUCUGAUUGGUUCUUUAUAAGUUUCUCUAUUGGGUAAUUAUUCCACAGUCAAACCUCUCCACAAUGACCCUUGGGGGUCAUUGUUGAGAGGUGGCUGCUGUGGGGAGAUAGGUGUGUAAUAAGACACCUGUAUAAGAUCCCUGAAUCACUCAUGUCUAUUAGCCUAGGAUAUUGUUCUUUAAAAGUAGCUAGGAAAUGUCGUUGUAUCUCAAGACACACCUCCUAUAGGAUUCUGUAUAUACUACCCCUGGUGGAUACAUUCUCCCCUUGGGCUGUUUUAAAAAAUAUUCUUAUGCUUGGUGUUGAGGAGAACAUGAAGUUAUUUUAUUAUUAUUUGAAUGAAUUAAUUAGAACAUAAUUCAUAUACUGUAGGUAUUACAUAUCUUGAUCAUGCUGGGACAACACAGUAUCCGCAGAGCGUUAUUGCAAAUGUUUGCAGUGACUUGAGUUACAAUGUGUAUGGAAAUCCACACAGUAGGAACCCCAGCAGUCAGCUGACAAGUGAUGUCAUUGACCAAGUCCGCACAAGGAUUUUAAAACAUUUUAAUACAUCUUCAGAACAACACACUGUGAUUUUCACUUCUGGUGCUACUGCUGCAUUGAAACUUUUGGCUGAAAGCUUUGAUUGGAAGGGAGCCACCAAUGAAGGAAGUGCUCAUCAAAGUCAUUUUUGUUAUCUGCAAGAGAAUCACACAUCAGUGGUUGGUAUGAGAGAAAUAGCUGCUUCAAAAGGGGCCCAAAUUAGUUCUGUUAAUGAAAAAGACUUGGAAGAACAAAUCAUCUUUACAACAAAAGAGAGAAGGGAGGAUUCAGAUCUAAAACCAUUUGAUUCUGGGAGCAAUGGUGUCAGAGAGACUGUUGACUGUUGCCACAAUUUAUUUGCUUUCCCUGCAAUGUGUAAUUUCUCAGGGAAGAAGUAUUCUCUUAAAUGGAUUUCUCAAGUUAAACAGGGAUUGUUAGUCAAAAAGAGUCAUUGGUGCCAUUGGUGCCAUUGGUUUGUUCUUUUGGAUGCAUCUUCAUUUGUGAGCACUUCUCCAUUGGACUUAGCAUCUUGUCCAGCAGAUUAUAUUCCCAUUUCUUUCUACAAGAUGUUUGGUUUUCCUACUGGUUUAGGUGCUCUUAUUUUAAAGAAUAGUAGUUCAUAUUUACUACAAAAGUGUUAUUAUGGUGGAGGAACAGUGCAAGCAACAAUUACUGAUGAAAGGUUUCAUAUCCUUAAGAACAAUCUCACUGAAAAGUAAGUUUAUCACAUUUUUUUCUUUUUUGUCUCUUUAGCAUUUGAUACUUAAAGAUCUACAUGUACAUGUAUAUCUACCAGUACUGUGAAGUCUCACCAUAAAACAGGCAGUGGGAUACAGUGGAAAAGUUAUAUUUGCACAUUAUUUGGCUUUCCUUAGUAGCCCCAUCAUGUGGCAAAGAGAAGAUUAUUAGGUAUUGAAUUGUGAUUUUGAAAUAUAACCUCAUGUUAGCUUCAUGACAGUUAUAGAGUGUUAGAGACAGUGCAUGAUGUGUCAAUUGAGGUACAUUUAAUUAAAUGGCAUAUAUUAUCUUCUUUGUUCUUUAUGUCUUAUAAAGUUAUUGCCUCUUUUAAUUAAGGUUCCAGAAAAUAUGUUUUCUCACUACAGCUAGCUAGUUAUAAUUCCUAGGUGGUGGAGGGAGUGGAUUGUCACCUAGUAUAAAGUUUCUUGAAGUGUUGUCCGUGACAAGUGUUGAUAAGCUUCGAUCUUUUGUAGUCUCAAAUUUCCUUUUGGUAGUUGAUAUAUCAAUUGAAUGCCAGUUAGUAUCCUUUUGGUGAUAUGUGCAAUGCUUUGGGUUAGAUUAGAGAAUAUUUUUUCAGACCAACACAAUGAGAGGUUGUCAUGGGAUUAGAUCAGGUUAAUAGUGCUUCAAUAUAAUUUCAGGAUAUUGCAGUCCAGCUAAUUAUUCUUCUGAUUUGGUUGCUGGAUAAGGAAUUGUGAGAAGAGGUCCAUCAUAUCCAUCAUUUCUAUAAUUUAAUGGGUCAAAUUGAAAUGAAGGCAAGAGAUUCAGGGUUUAAAAAUGCCAAGGCAGCACCCAAACUUUCAACCUGAAAUUCAGCAUUCGUGGGAUUUAAAAAUUUAACUACCUAAAGAUAAAGAUUACUUUCUUUCUAGUGAGUCUGUUGCCUUAUUUGGAUAUAUCAGUUGUAUCCUAAUUAAGCUGGUAAAUGUAAUUCAUGACAAGAGAUUUCUUCAACUUUUCAGGUUUGAAGAUGGCACAGUUCCUUUUCUUGAGAUCAUUGCUUUGCAUCAUUCCUUUCAAUUGUUUGAACAGCUGGUAGGAUCAAUGAAAGAUGUGUUGAAUCACACCCAUAGCAUUGCUUUGUAUGUGUAUGAAAAGAUGUCUGCAAUGACACAUAGUUCUGGAAAAUCUGUAUGUAAAAUUUACUGCGAAACAGACUUUCAGGACAACACAAAGCAGGGCCCUGUUAUAAACUUUAACCUGCUAAGAGCAAAUGGAGAGUUUGUUGGCUACAGUGAGGUAUGCAACAAUUAUUUGGUAUCAUUUGCAUUUUAUUUCCUUUUAUUUUCUAUACUUUACUUGGGUUUUGUCACUGCUGUAGUGUUUCUAGUUAAAUACCUGAGUCAUUAUCUCUACAGGUAGAAAAGAUGGCUAGCCUUUACAAUAUUCACCUAAGAACAGGCUGUUUUUGUAACAUGGGGGCGUGUCAGAAGUAUCUGAGCCUUUCCAGUCAGCAAGUGAAGAAAAAUUUGUCUGCGGGUCAUGUGUGUGGGGAUAAUAUGGAUCUCAUUGAUGGCAAACCCACUGGCUCUGUGAGAAUCUCAUUUGGUUACAUGUCUAACUUUUCAGAUGCAAAAGAACUUCUAACAUUCAUUAGAGAAUGCUUCCUGGAGGGUAAUUCAAACUGCUCUUUACCUGAAAGAUCUUUAGAUGCAGAGAGAUCUGAACAUACUGAGUUUCUUUCAAGCUCCAUUUUGGUUAAGCAAUCUGAAGACUUUGCUUCAAAUGCAAAUUUUAAAAACGUUAUGGAGCGGAAUUCAACAGUGGCAUCAACUGCAAGUCAGAGAGGUACUCCAAUUGAAAUGUCUAUCAGAACUCUGACACCUAAUCAUUGUGACAUGCACACACAUGUGCCUCAAGAAUGUGGUGAUAAUCCAAAUAACCAUCUAAAGUUGGAAAAGAUCUGCUUGUAUCCAAUCAAGUCUUGUGCUGCAUUUGAGGUACAUGUAAUGGUGUCAGUAGUUGAAAUUUUUUAAGCUAACCUCUGGUAACCUACCGAAACAACAGUUUAAAGACAGAGAUCCGUACCCACUGUUCUGUAAGUUCAAGGGACACCCAUCCAUUUAGCUUGAAUUGCUUUAAUUCCUCAUGGAGGGAUUUUGCAUCAAACUGUGGAUAAUUACAUCUAAAAAACAUGCAAAAGGUGGAAGCGAUAUCACUCACAAUCUGACAAAUGUAGAUAUAGGAAAUAACUGAUUUCUCUGAAAUUUAUACCAAAUAAUGCCUUUACAGCUUUGCCCAUUUUUAAUGGUAUUGUCUCCCUGCUUUUUUAUCGAAAGUAUUUACAGUAACAGCAAGUUAAGUGACAUUUGUUAUUCUUGUGUCAGGUACAUGAGUGGGAAGUUGGUAACAGAGGAUUUGUUUUUGAUCGUCAUUGGAUGAUUGUGACUGACUCUGGGGUUUGUCUGACACAGAAGAGAGAAGCAAAGAUGUGUCUGAUAAAACCUCUGUUGGAUCUUAGAAAUGGAACACUAUCAGUCACAGCGACAGGUAAACAGAUAGGAACUUAAUGCCGAUCAUGAGUAGUGGUACUGAGGUUAAAUUGCAUUUUGGUUGAAAUAUAGUAUCAUUUCGACAGAAAAAAUAUAUAUAUGCAGUGAGUAAACAGGUUGAGAGACUGGUAAAGGAGCUGCAUUUGGAGCUUAACCUCCUGAUAGUGUCUAUGUCAUUUUGUGUUCUUUUACCUGUAUCUCUAACGAAUGCACAUAGUUAAAACAAUCGAUUGCGUUUUGAUGUUAAAAUGAUGUUUGUUUUAAUUAGGAAUGCCUGAUCUAGUGUUACCACUGUACCUAUCGUCAGGGAAUGAUAAAAAGGUUGCAAGAUUUUGUCAAAGUAAAGUCUGUGGUGACAGGUAAAUCGCAAAUUUACCUCCUUUUUACUUGUUUAAGAAAAUGUUUGGCGUUUUUCUCUACCAUUUUUUUUAUACUGCAUGUGCAAUGUUUUAAGCAUUAAUAAUAUCCCAAGUCUACGUAAUCAAGACGAAAUAAAUGUCAUGAACCGGCGUUCCUUCGCAUGGCAUUUUCGGCUUCACUCGCAGUUAUUUUUUCUUUUUCUAUCUGCAAAGGAUGCUGUUACAUUGAGCAAAUUCGACUGUCUCUUUUCUUUUCUUGGUCAUUAUGGAAGCUCGUAUGGCCUUUUGGUCGGGACCGGUUUGUCAGUGGGUAUGACUGGCGUAUAAUUUGACACUAGCAUUUCUUCUUGAUCGUUGAUCCUGUUCAGUUUUCGUAGAAUUUUAAAAGCAGAUGGAGGACUGUCCAACUGUUUCAUUCAGUGCUCUUUUGAUACUCUAGGAUCUCAGCUGUGGACUGCGGAGAGAACGCUGCCUCGUGGAUGUCAACAUUUUUUAACAGAAACUGUCGACUAAUUCAACAAGACAUGGAAGAUAGCCGCACUUGUAAACUGGGAGGUAAAUAUUGAUAAACUCCCGUAAUCUCAACCUUCAGUAACAUUACUGUGUUAUCAUGUCUAUUUUGUGUUAUUCUUGUGAUUCCUUUAAAAAACUGUGUAUAUUUGACGGCAAAUGUUAACACAUUUCCCAAACUAAUUAUCCCUGUUUGUGAUAGGAAUGAAACAGCGAGAAGAUAACGGAAGUAGGUCUCUUUCUCUUGCUAAUGAAUCGCAGUUCCUCCUGGUGAACCGGGAAAGUGUCAGUGAACUUCUGAACAAUGUUAAUCCAGACCAACCUUUAACUCCAUCAUCUUUGGUUACUGUGGUAAGUUUCUCAUGCUACUAAACUGUUGUAGCAAAUGGUGAUAGUUGUUAUCAAUAGUAACUUGACUUGAUUCCGUACUUGUUGUGCUUGCUCGCAACACCCUCAAUCAGUAAAACGUGGUAUUGUCGAGUGUCUACUCGACAGGGCUGAACAUCUCACGACAAAGCCAUCAACUGUAGCCCUAGAGAAGGAACUCUUGUCUUCUGUUCUUGUUUCUAACGGAUACCCGCCCUCAUUUGUUCGAAAGAGUACAAAGACGAAACCAUUUACACCCAAAGAGAAACUCACUCAAGAUUUCGAAUCCACUACGGUUCUACCUUAUAUCAAAGGUGUUUCGGAGGUUCUUCUCCACUGCGGUUCUGCCUUAUAUCAAAUAUAUAUCGGAGGUUUUUUUCCACUGCGGUUCUACCUUAUGUUAAAGGUGUAUCGGAGAUUCUUUGCCUCUGCCUACGAGAACAAGGUUUAUGUGUAGUCUUAAAAUCAGACACGACACUCAGCUCAUCCCAAUAACAUCAAUAGGGAUCACGGCGUGGAUGACCAUGGAUCUCAUUUGCUGAUUAAAAGCAGUAUUAUGGUCAAAACCAUGGAAUAUAUUUUGUAGAUAAAAACGACCUCGGUAAGGAAGGUAAGUGUGAACUCGCAAUGCAGACGUCUCAGGAAAAGGGCUAUAUCUAUCUCAAACUAAAAAUUACUAAGUAAUUUAGUGUCAACAACUGAGUUGAAAACGUAAAUUGGCCACCGUAAAGGGUAAAAAAGCUGACGUUUCGAGCGUUAGCCCUUCGUUAGCCCUUUAGAAGGGCUAACGCUCGAAACGUCAGCCUUUUUACCCUUUACGGUGGCCAAUUUACGUUUUCAACUCAGUUGUUAGCACUAAAUUACCUGCUAUACUCUCCCACCGACGUAGCACCACAGUUCUUUUAGAAACUUACCCCCUUUAAAAAUUACUAACACGGAAUGGAUAUCCCAGCCAACGGCCGGGUUGUCCUUCAGUGCACUGUCCUCUCUCUUGAUGUUAUCUUGAUGUUAUCUUGCACCUCCAGGUGGAAAAACAAGCCAAAAGGUUUAGACCCAAUUUAAUUGUAGCUGGUGGAGAGGCGUUCAGGGAAGACUACUGGAAAACUGUGAAAAUUGGAAAUUUGGUUUUCGAGGUGGGCGAAUCUGUAUAGUUUUGGUUUUACACUAGUUUUCAAAGAGUUAUUCUUUUUAUCUUCGUCGUACUAGCACUAUGUUUGGCUGAUUGUUCUUUAUCAAUAUUCAAUCCCCGGACUUCCGUGAAUGAGGUCAAGAGGAGGUCAAGGGUUCAUGCCCCGAUCAGACCAACACUUUGGGUCUUUAUGUAAGCCGGGAGGAUGUGUUCUGUAAAUAGUUCGGACGAUUUAGUUUUCUCGAAUAUUGAAAGAUUCUUGCAAGUAUAUAUCUUUUUUUAAUGUGCGAUGUAGUCCAAUCUUCGCCUGUGUCCCAGCAAGUUCACAUGAGUAUAUAGCUGCUAAAUUACUGCCUACUUAAAUAAAACAAACAAUCAAACAAAUAAAGUGGGACAUAUUUGACAGAAAACAGAAAUGAAUCGUGGAUUAUUAAAUUUCCGAGUGGUUUGUUAUUGUUGUUUAGUUCUAAUUACUGUAAUCCUCAGAACAAAGGAAAGUGUAACCGGUGCCAAAUGGUGUGUAUUGACCAAGAAACUGGAGUCAGGAGCGUUGAACCAUUGAAAACACUUGGGAAGAUACGAGGAUCAAAGGUGUGUGUUGGAAAAAAAAAAUUAUUUAACGCGAAUUCGAUGCGCCAAAUUCCCCCCCUCCAACCCCCCAUAUUCAUACAGCACUUCAUAUGUUCUACUUGUAAUCACUCGGCAAAUUUUAAUGACUCCCCAUGCAAUUCCCGGAAUUUGACUCCAUAUGGUCUUAUUACUAUAACCGAUACGCUUGCAGUAUCCAUGAUUUCGUCUCAGAAAGUCUCUUGGCGUUAAAUGUUGUGCGUGAUGUUUGCCUACAAAGAUGAUCAGUUUGUUGAAGCCUAACUUGAUGUUAUCAUUACUGAUGAAUGUGACGCUUUGAAUAAGGAUAACGCCAGUAAGUUUCGUUACUUCUUCUUUUUCAGAUGCCUUUUGGAGUUCACUUGGAACAUGUUUCAAACGUACAGCAAAAUCCAGCCAUUCUUCAUUGCGGUGAUCUUGUUACUGUUAGUCGUUAG